UACAGCACACAGCACGUCGUCACAUGGAAAAAAUUUCACUUAUGUUGACAAAAGAUCAGGUCAGUUCAAAUCAGAUCAGAGAAACUCAAGGUUAAGAAAGGCAACAUCAGAGAAAAAAAGAGUGUGAAGCCGUUAAAGAGCCUUGAAACUACACAGGAGAUCCUCUUAAGAAGGGAGGGAGGAAGACUGUAAGAAAUGAGGGGCGGAAGGAGAGGCAAGAUUUAGAGCUCCCUGCUCUGUGGCAGGGCAGAGGGCAAAACAGGACAGAAGGAGUGAGCCUUAAGGUCGCUACUGUUGCCAUGGCGCGGGCUGGUCGCCCCACAUCUGAGAGCUACCAGCCGGUCAGCUGUUCGGUCAGUCAGUCAUUGUCCUCCUCCGGCGCGGCUGGGAAAUCUGCGGAUGAGGAUGACCACACCCCCAUUUUCUCCCUCUCGAAGAGCGCCAUGGAUGUCGUCGUGGCCGUGAACCAACCGCACAAGCGGGACCCGGCCUGGACCAGACUGGACCUGAGGCGCAGCUCCAGCACCAACACGCACUCCGUCCACAACGCCGUGAUGCUCCAGCAGCUGCCCCAUCAGAGGUGGCGGCACAACAGCCAGCGGCUGACGUUCACCACCCAAAACGAGGACAUGCUCAGCCCUCCGUGCCUCAGUGAGCGCUGGAUUUCCAACAUGCAGCGCUGGAGCGGGGGCAGCGGCGGCCCGCACAGCCGCAGCAGCACCCCGGACACAGUGGUGUGGAAAGGGGGGUCCUCGCGUUCUUGCAGUCUCACCCAGGAACCUCAUCUCACCUCAGCACCAGACUCUCCAAUGUCCAAACUGACCACUCCACCAACUACACCCUCCCCUUUCAUUUCCCCCUUCCAGACUCCGACUUUACCACCUUUGGACCUUUUGUCCUCGUCUUGUUCUGCACAACUACUGAGCACACAUCGGCUACCUGAACUGGCAUCUCAUUCUCCUCCGAUCGAUAUGGAGAAUGAGCGCUCCCAGGAGAAACUCGCAUUUGAGUUCCCUUCCCCAAUCCUGUCACCUGUUAGCUUAAAAGACACAGGAGUGUUCUCAGACACUGGAGGCCAAUGUGAUGAUGCCAUAAAGGAGAUGUCUAGCCCUACCAACGCAGAGUUAUUGGAAAGUGAUGGAAGGGAAAGUCCUUCGGAAAUAAUGAAUAAUGAGAAACCAAACUCCCCUACAGAAGAACAAGAAUCCAAAGAAGAACCAUCCAACUGCCAUCUUGUGCUGCCAUGGCAGUUGGAGCAGAGUUUGUUAUCAAGCCGAUGUUGGAGAUCACCACUUGUCUGUUCUUUGAGUGACACACAGUUGGACAGCUUCUGCAAGUGCCGCUCGAACGCCUGGAAGGGACCUGGAAAGACUCCAGAGGGAGAGCUGUCCAGGGAGGAGGCCACAAUGACUUCACAGCUGGAAAUGGUGGACGCUGCUGUGCAGACGUGCUCUCCUCUGGGCUCCUUUGGUGACCUACAGAGGAAAAUGUCCACUUCCAACACAGGGUCCCAGUCCAUUUUGGGCUCUCCGCCUGGAUCCAGACUGAAUCUGAAGUCCCCCAUGGGAUCCCACUCUAAUCUGGUGUCCCCAUCUUCCAGCAUGUUCCCGGUGAGCAGCGGUGACGAUGAGGAAGAAGAACAGGAUGACCCGGAGGGAGAUUUAGCCACUGCCACCUCACCCCAUCUGGAGGGGAGGAGGUCGUGUCUUAAGAUGAACCAGGAUGCACGGGACGAGAUGGGUAGGAGGUGCAGCAUGAAGCAGGUCCAGUGGGACGAAGACGGGCUGACGUGGGACGUUCACGGAGCAUCUGUGGACCCAAAGCUCCUGAGCACAGCCAUCCAGAAACACCUGGAACUCAAGACCUCCCCCCAGCCACCAAAGCGCCCCUCUAAGAAAAAGAAAGCCCCAAAGCCUCCUGUCAUAUCAAACCUCAUAACAACGAUGACCCCUGACAUGAAUCCAUCUGCACUGAGCAUCAAAUGUAUGGUGGAGGAUGAGAGUCAGGACACACUGAAGCCAGAUGAGGAGCUGCAGGACGCAGGUGGGAAAAAGGAGGAAGCCGUGGAGGUUCCUCGUAAACAAAGCGGAGGGGAGCGAGACAACACCAAAGCUGCCGAGAACCUUGAAGAGCAGGACACCAGCAGCCCAAAGCCCAUCCCUCACGGCAGUGGACAAAUCAAGAAAAAGACUGUGAUCAGGUCACUGAGGAGGCCGCGGUGGUGUGGAGGCUCCAGAAACACAGACGACUGAUACCAAAAACUCUUGUUUGUACUGUUCAUGCUUUGGUCUAAACCUUCAGUAAAACUAGUCGGCUACAUGUUUAGAGAUGUUUGAUAAAAACUACAAAAAACUCAUAGAUCAGAUCUGAUGAGAUAGUCGUGGAGGUCAUCAACUGAAUGAAGAAAACAUCCAUCAUGAGGUCAAACAUCAAUAAAUAAAGUUGUUCAAGUCUUUCAUAUUGCUGCAAAGUUCUUUUUUUCAUAUUAAAGAAAGUUACUGAAGAAAUCUCUGU